GUUAAUUCAUCAUCAGGUUUUCAUAAUCCGCAUCAAAUUUCAAUAAAUUUUUUGUUCUGAAUCGAAUAAUCGUGCUUGCUCGUUAAAAAAAGGUCACCAUGUCUCGAAUCUUAUAUCAUCGUAAUUUCCUCGCCAACAAUAAUAUCAACGUUUUCAUUCUACAAAAACAUUUAUAUAAUCAUCAUCAUCCACCAUCAAAAAAUUUUCGUUAUUUUUCAACCGAAAUUAAACCAAUUAAAAAAGUUUUAGUUGCCAAUAGAGGCGAAAUUGCCAUUCGAAUAUUUCGAGCAUGUACUGAAUUAGGAAUACGUUCGGUAGCCAUAUAUUCGGAACAGGAUAAAAUGCAUAUGCAUCGGUUGAAAGCUGAUGAAGCUUAUCUGAUAGGAGCCGGUUUGGCUCCGGUUCAAGCUUAUCUAAACAUUCCGGAAAUUGUUCGUAUUGCAAAAGAAAACGAUGUUGAUGCUAUUCAUCCGGGUUAUGGUUUCCUAUCGGAACGUUCAGAUUUUUGUCGUGCUUGUAUUGAUAAUAAUGUUAAAUUUAUUGGGCCUAGUCCGGAUAUUAUGGCCAGGAUGGGUGAUAAAGUUGAAGCAAGAAAAGCUGCAAUUGAAGCUGGUGUCCAUGUUGUUCCCGGUACUGAUAAUCCAAUUACAUCGGUUGAUGAAGCAAUGGAAUUUGUUCGAAAACAUAAAUUACCAAUCAUAUUUAAAGCAGCAUAUGGUGGUGGUGGUAGAGGUAUGCGUGUUGUACGUAAAGAAAGUGAAUUAGUUGAAAAUUUUGAACGUGCAUCAUCCGAAGCAUUAUCUGCAUUCGGUAAUGGUGCACUUUUUAUUGAAAAAUUUAUUGAACAUCCACGUCAUAUUGAAGUACAAAUUUUGGGUGAUCAUUAUGGUGAUAUUGUACAUUUAUAUGAACGUGAUUGUAGUAUACAACGUAGACAUCAAAAAAUUAUUGAAAUUGCACCAUCACCAUCAAUUGAUCCUUUGGUUCGAGAAAAUAUUCUUAAAGAUGCUGUAAAAAUAACCAAACAUGUUGGUUAUCAAAAUGCUGGUACGGUGGAAUUUCUAUUGGAUUCUGAUGGAUCACAUUAUUUUAUCGAAGUAAAUGCCCGACUGCAAGUUGAACACACGGUAACCGAAGAAAUUACCGGCAUUGAUAUUGUACAAAACCAAAUUCGUAUUGCUGAAGGAAAUAAACUAGCUAAUUUAGGUUUGAUUCAGGAUAAAAUUCGUAUCGAUGGUACUGCUAUACAAUGUCGUGUAACAACAGAAGAUCCGGCUAAAAAUUUUCAACCUGAUUUCGGCCGGAUUGAAGUUUUUCGUAGUGGUGAAGGUUUCGGUAUACGUUUGGAUGGUGCUUCCGCUUUUUCCGGUGCCAUUAUUUCCCCUUAUUAUGAUUCAUUAUUAGUUAAAGUUAUUGCUAAAGCUGGUAAUAUUGAAUCAGCAUCACGUAAAAUGACCAGGGCUUUAAGAGAAUUUCGUGUUCGUGGUGUUAAGACGAAUAUACCAUUCUUGUUGAAUGUUUUAAAUAAUGAACGUUUCCUGAAAAAUGAUUAUGAUACAAAUUUUAUUGAUACUCAUCCACAAUUGUUUCAAUUUGAACCAAGUCAAAAUCGUGCACAAAAAUUAUUAUAUUAUUUAGCAAAUGUUAUGGUUAAUGGACCAUCAACACCAUUAGCAACAAAACUAAAACCAGCGGAAAUAAUACCCGAAGUUCCGGAAACAACAAUAAUUGGUGAAAAAUCACCAAGAGAAAUAUUUUCCGGUUGGAAAGAAAUUCUAGAUAGUCAAGGACCAAAAGCAUUUGCAAAAGCUAUUCGUGAACAUAAAAAUCUUCUGUUGAUGGACACAACGUUUCGUGAUGCACAUCAAUCAUUACUUGCAACACGUGUUCGUACAUAUGAUUUACUUCGUAUUAGUCCAUAUGUUUCCGAAAAUUUUAGUCAAUUAUUUAGUCUGGAAAAUUGGGGUGGUGCAACAUUUGAUGUUGCAAUGCGAUUCCUGCAUGAAGAUCCAUGGGAACGUUUGCAACAAAUGCGUCAAUUAAUACCAAAUAUUCCAUUUCAAAUGCUAUUGCGUGGUGCAAAUGCAGUUGGUUAUACAUCAUAUCCUGAUAAUUUAGUUUUUAAAUUUUGUGAACUAGCCAAACAGAAUGGAAUGGAUAUUUUUCGGGUUUUUGAUUCACUAAAUUAUGUGCCAAAUAUUUUAGUCGGUAUGGAAGCUGCUGGUCAAGCUGGUGGUGUUGUUGAAGCAGCCAUUUCAUAUACGGGUGAUGUUUCCGAUCCAAAUCGUACGAAAUAUAAUCUAGAUUAUUAUAUGAAAAUUGCCGAUGAAUUAGUUCGAGCUGGUGCACAUGUUUUAUGUAUAAAAGAUAUGGCCGGUUUAUUGAAACCACAAGCAGCAAAACUGUUAGUAUCAUCAUUACGUUCGAAAUAUCCGGAUCUACCGAUUCAUAUACAUACACAUGAUACAGCUGGUGCUUCGGUUACAUCAAUGAUUGAAUGUGCAAAAGCUGGAGCGGAUAUUGUUGAUGUUGCCGUUGAUUCAAUGUCUGGAAUGACAUCACAACCAAGUAUGGGUGCAAUUGUUGCAUCAUUAGAACGGUCACCAUAUGAUACUGGACUGGAUUUAAAACAUAUUAGUGGUUAUUCAGCAUUUUGGGAACAAACACGUACGCUGUAUGCACCAUUUGAAUGUACAACAACAAUGAAAAGUGGAAAUUCUGAUGUUUACCUGAAUGAAAUUCCUGGUGGUCAAUAUACUAAUCUACAAUUUCAAGCAUAUUCUCUUGGUUUGGAAUCUCGUUUUCAACAAAUUAAAAAAGCAUAUGCUGAAGCAAAUAAACUAUUGGGUGAUUUAAUAAAAGUAACACCAUCAUCAAAAGUUGUUGGUGAUUUUGCACAAUUUAUGGUACAAAAUAAUCUGACUGCUAAUGAUAUUGAACAAAAAGCUGAAGAAUUAAGUUUUCCAAGUUCAGUAGUAGAAUUUAUGCAAGGUUUUAUUGGUGAACCAUAUGGUGGUUUUCCCGAACCAUUACGUAGUAAAAUUCUGAAAGGACUUUCACCGAUAAGUGGUCGUCCAGGACAACAUUUAGCACCAUUAAAUUUUAUUCAACUUAAAGAUGAAUUAAUUGAAAAACAUGAAUCAUCCAUAUCGGAAACUGAUGUUAUUAGUUCGGCAAUGUAUCCAAAAGUUUGCGAUGAUUAUAUAAAAUUUCGUGAAGAAUUUGGACCUGUCGCACUGUUGGAUACAAGAAUUUUUCUAACCGGACCAAAAGUUGGUGAAGAAUUUGAAGUUGUUUUAGAAAAAGGUAAAACAUUACAUAUAAAAACAUUGGCUGUUUCGGAAAUUCGUUCGAAAACUGGUGAACGUGAAGUAUUUUUCGAACUGAAUGGACAAUUAAGAACUGUAUUGGUUAAAGAUAAAACUGUUAAACAGGAAAUUGUAUCGAAUCCAAAAGCAUUGAAAGGUGUAAAAGGUUCAGUUGGUUCACCAAUGCCCGGCACCGUAAUCAAUGUUAAAGUUAAUGUUGGUGAUAAAGUAGCCAAAGGACAACCAUUAAUUGUAUUAAGUGCAAUGAAAAUGGAAAUGGUUGUACAAUCACCAGUUAGCGGAACAGUAAAACGCAUCCUGGCGCAAAAAGAUAUGAAAUUAGAAGGUGAUGAUCUUAUCAUGGAUAUUGAUGUUGAUAAUUGAAAAAAAAGUUGAAUGUUUUUGUUUUUUUUAAAUUAAUGUUAUAUUUGUUUAUUAUUAUUUUUUUUUACUU